ACUUGUCCGGUUCCGUUAGGAAGUUCUCUGUAUGUAUUCUGUCCAAGGCAGUGAAGAAAAGCAGAUCAACGAAACAUAGAGAGAGAAAGAGUGGGGCGAGAUAAAGCUGGACUGUACACAUUUUUCUGUGAUUAGUAUGCGUUGCUUACUCGAUCAGUGAACUCGUGUCUGUUUCUCAUAACUCCGAUUAUUUGACUGAAUUCUCAAACGAACAGUGUAUUUGAGAUUUAAUUAAUUAUAUUUUUAUCAAUGAAGGAUUUUCUAAACAUUGUAAUUUUUGCAAGAUAUUCUCCAAAUGGUGCAUGAACAAUUCGAAAAAUCAUUAAAAAACAGAUCGUGACAUCGAUGAACUCAUUUGGAUCAAGUUUGCUUAACAAGAUCAAGGCCACGUUCGUUAAAAAAUUAUCGAGAUAUCCAAUACAAAAAUUUUUGUGAAAUGUUUGUGAAUCAAACGAUGUUGAUACUUGCACAUACUGCGCAAAUAAUGGCCACAUUAUCUGCAAAGGCAAUUUCUGACGUUUCAGAAAAUAAUAAUAUUCAGAUCAAUGUAACGACAACAACUUUGUCGCCAGAAGAAGAGGAAAAUGUAUUUGACUUCAAUGAUAAUAUGAUUUUCAUUUUUUCUUUUAUAGAAUGGUACAUGUGGCGAUGUUACGAACCAUAUGGUUGCUUUUAUAUUGGUUCACCAUGGUCCGGAGAACAUAGACCAGUAUCAACAUUUCCAGAUCGUCCGGACUCUAUAAAUCCCCGUUACUUACUUUAUAUUCGUGAAAUCAUAGAACAACCGCAGGAAUUGAAGAUAGAUAAAAACGAAACUAUUCAUAAUUCAGUUUUUAAAAAACAGAAUAAUCUUUAUCUUAUCGUUCAUGGAUUUCUUGAUAAUGGUGACAAAACGUGGGUUAUGAGAACUAUGAAAGAAUUACUAGUAAAAGAAGAUUGCAACGUAAUAAUAGUGAAUUGGAUUGCUGGUGCAGGUCCGCCAUACACUCAAGCUGUGGCCAAUACAAGAUUAAUCGGUGCAAUGACAGCUCGUUUAGUUUAUCAAUUGAUUGAAAUUGGAGGAAUAAAUCCUUUGAAAAUGCAUUGCAUUGGACAUAGUCUUGGUGCACAUACUUGUGGCUACAUUGGAUACACUUUGAGGAAAAGAUACAAAUAUAAUCUUGGAAGAAUUACUGGCCUUGAUCCUGCUGAACCGCAUUUCAGCAAUACAUCAACAAUGGUGCGACUUGAUCCAACGGAUGCCACUUUUGUUACGGCUAUUCACACCGAUUGCAAUCCUUUUAUCAAUUUAGGACUCGGUAUUACUCAUCCUGUCGCUCAUAUCGAUUUUUUUCCAAAUGGAGGUCGCAAUCAGCCCGGUUGCAAUGAAGGUGUAUUAAAUUCUAUCACCUUAGAACGUGGAAGCUUCUUUCGAGGAAUAAAAAGAUUUGUUGGUUGCAAUCAUAUUCGCAGCUAUGAAUAUUUUAUAGAAAGUAUCAAUACAAAGUGCUCAUUUUUGGGAGUUCCCUGCCUAUCUUGGGAAAAGUUUCAAAACGGAAAUUGCUUUGAUUGCGUGAAUCAAUAUUGCCCUAAACUUGGAUUAGAUGCUCAGCCAGGAAAUUAUCAUGCAUCUGUUUAUCUGAUGACAGGUUCGAUCAAACCAUUUUGUAAAGACCAUUAUAAAAUCACCAUUAAUAUUUCGAGAACAAAUGAAAGCCUGAAUCACGGUGGCGAAGUUGGUACCUUUGCAAUCAAAAUAUUUGGUGAAGGUGGAAAAAAAACAGAAGAGAUGUUAUUUAGUUCUCAUUCAAAAUAUUAUGAACCAGGAAGCAUUCAUACUAUAGUAUUACCAGGCAAUGUGGUGGGUAAACCGAAAGCAGUUGAAAUUAUGUGGGAGUAUCAAGCUUCUUUUUUCAAUCCACUCACAUGGAGACUCUUACACACACCUUGUGUAUAUAUUGAUUCAUUGAGAAUCGAUAGUUUGGCGGCCGCUUAUGGCAUUACUGUGUGUCCAGAUAAAACGAAAACUUUGAUCGCCAACGAACCGAAGAUUUUAACAAUCGAAAACUGUCAAAUCGUUGAUCUAAACAUGAUUUCUACAAAACAUCCAAAUUCAUAAAAUAAAACAUGACAUGUAUGUAACAUUAAAAAUUAAAAUCAAAGUAAUUAGAUAAUGUUAAAUGUGAUAUAGAUAAUAUAUAU